AUGAUUGAUGCUCCGCUAAUACGGAUUGCCUACCCGCGAGCGAGGGGGGUGGUAAUCGACAGUGGCGGCGUUUGGUUUUUCAGUUCCGUUGCAAACGGCGAUUAUUCUUCUCUCAUGACCGCCCCUGAAAACAACAGCAACGAGAACGCGGCCAAGAACAUUGCCGUGCUGGGUUCGACCGGCAGUAUCGGCACCAGUGCCCUGGAAGUGAUCGAGGGGGCUGAGGGCCGUCUGCGAGCCGUAGGGCUAUCGGCCCACCGCAGCACGCAGCUACUCGAACAGCAGGCCGCUCAGUUCGCUCCGGCGUGGAUAGCCGUAACCGACGAAGAAGCGGCCUCUGGACACAACUGGGACCGCCUGUGCCGGGAGGUGGAGUGCCUGGUAGGGCAAGACGCGCUGGAGCAGGCGGUCCGCCGGGACGACGUCGAUAUCGUGCUAGCGGCGAUCGUUGGCAGUGCGGGGCUCCGCAGCACCUGGGCGGCCCUGGAUGCCGGAAAAACCGUGGCUUUGGCCAACAAAGAGACGCUGGUGAUGGCCGGGUCGCUGGCCACCGAAUUGGCCGCCGAGCGGGGUGCUAGCAUCCUGCCGGUCGACAGCGAACACUGUGCGAUCUUUCAGGCGCUGGACGCCGGUCGCAAGCAAGACGUGAAGCGGAUUGUGCUGACUGCUAGCGGAGGGCCGUUCCGGAAAUACUCCACCGACCAGCUUCAGCAUGUGACGAUUGAAGAUGCCCUAAAUCAUCCCACGUGGGACAUGGGGCCCAAGAUCACGGUCGACUCGGCCACCAUGAUGAAUAAGGCCCUGGAAGUGAUCGAGGCCCGGUGGCUGUUCGAUCUGCCGGUCGAGCAGAUCGACGUGGUAAUUCACCCGCAAUCGGUCGUGCAUUCGAUGGUGGAAUUCGUCGACGGCUCGGUGAUUGCCCAGUUGAGCCCCCCGGACAUGAAACUGCCGAUUCAGUAUGCGUUUAGCUAUCCCGAGCGUUGGCCGGGGGUGGCCGAGCAACUGGAUUGGUCGCAGGCCUUUCAGUUGGAGUUCGAACCCCCCGACUUCGAGCGUUUUGGCGCCCUACGGUUGGGGAUGGAGGCUGCCGCUUCCGGCGGCACCAGUGGGGCGGUGCUAAACGCCGCCAACGAGGCUGCUGUGGCGGCCUUCCUGGCCGGAGAGCUGGCCUUUACCGAGAUUGUGGCCGCCUGCCGUGGCGUGCUAGAACAUCAUGACUUCGAUCCAAAACCUUCAUUAGACACGUUGCUCGAGCUAGAUCGCUGGGCGCGUAAGGUGGCCAUUGCACUGGGCUUGGUGAUCUUCGUUCAUGAGCUGGGGCACUUUGCCGUAGCCAAGCUGUGCGGUGUGAAGUGCGAGAAGUUCUACCUUGGCUUCGACAUCUACGGCCUGAAGCUGGCCAAGUUCACCUACGGCGAAACCGAAUACGGCAUCGGCAUUCUGCCCUUGGGCGGAUACGUGAAGAUGCUGGGGCAGGAAGACAAUCCAGCCCGGGUGGCCGAAGAAUUGGAACGCGCGAAGAUGGCGCAUCAACCGGGUGCCGAGCAUUCGAGUGAUCCUCAGGCCGUCGCGGAAGAAGCCGAACGCGAACACCACUUGGCCGACGUUGGUGUGCAAGGGUUCGAUGCCUCGGGUCAGCCGAUCUACAACCCACGGAGUUAUAUGGCGAAGAGCGUCCCCCAGCGGAUGGCCAUCAUUUCGGCCGGCGUGGUGAUGAACGUGAUCUUCGCCUUCAUCGUGGCUUCGAUCGCCUACUGGAUUGGCAUCGUGGGGCCCGACUAUUCGCCGGUGAUUGUUGGUGGAACUUCUCCCGGCAGUCCGGCGUGGCAGGCCGACCUGCGGGUGGACGACGAAGUGAUCCAGAUCGGCGGGGUGCAGAACCCCCAAUUCCGCGAACUGCGCAAUGCGGUGACCUUGGGUAAUGUGGACACCGGCGUGGAUGUCGAACUCAAGCGAGCCGACACCGGAACGGUCGAGACCCUCAAUAUCAUUCCCGAUUCUCUAGGACCGAUCGCACUGAUUGGUCUUUCGGGCCCCCGCACUUUGGAAGUUCUCGUUCCCGAGCGGGAAGGAGAAUUCGACGGGGUUCAACUGCAGAGCACCCCGCCGCUGGAAGAUGGCGAUGAGAUUGUUUCGGUGAAUGGCCAGCCUGCGACGACCUUUGGCGACUUGAGUCGGGCGAUGGCGUUGCAUCCAGAUGAACCGCUGAAACUGGAAGUGCUGCGAGGAAAAACGAAGAACAACGACGGCGAGAAGAUCGCCGUGGAAGUAGCUCCCCGUCCGAUGCGUACGCUGGGCCUUUCGAUGCAGCUGGGCCCGAUCACCGCGGUGCAGGCCGGUUCGCCCGCCGAAAUCGCGGGACUGAAGCCGGGCGAUCGCCUGCUGGAGAUCGACGGCGAGCCGAUUGAAGAUCCGAUUCGGCUGGCCGACGUGCUUCGCUCUAAGGCCGGGCAAACCGUCUCGCUCACAAUCGAGCGGAAGGACGAGGAAGGCACGCAGACCAUCGAGAAUGUCGAGCUGCGACCCACGACCGAACUGGCGAGCAUCAGCGACUUGCUGAACAUGUCACUAAUCAAGCAGGGACAACCCGUGGUGGUGCCUGCGUUGGGUGUGGCCUAUCGAGUGUCGAACCAGGUUCAAGCAGUGGCUGCUGAUGGUCCCGCGGCGGGCAAGGUUUCGCCUGGACAGAAGAUCGUCGGGGCGAAGAUCAUUCCACCCAAGGAUGCCAAGCCGGCGGGGCGGUUCGAGGAAAUCGAGUUCCGAUUCACCGAGGAAGACGAGCAGGCCAACUUCCCCACACUGCUGGCCGCCGUGCAGGAAUUUCCUGCCGACUCAACCGUCGAAUUGCAACUGAGCGACAGUUCGGAAGUGGCCGAAGUGGAGACAGUGACGCUCGGUUCUGAGCUGGCCAGCGAUUGGUUCAAUCCCGAUCGGGCGCUGAUCACCCAACCGAUGGAUGGGAAGCUGCGAGCCACUUCGAUUGCCCAAGCCUUGGAACUGGGGGCAUUGGAAACCAAAGAUUCGCUGCUGAUGGUCUUCAGCUUCUUACAGAAAUUGGGCGGACAGAUUUCCCCCCGCAUGCUGGGCGGACCAGUCACCAUCUUCAAGGUGGCCAAGCAACAAGCCGACGCGGGUCUCUCUGAGCUGCUGAUCUUCGUGUGCAUGCUUAGUGCGAACCUGGCGGUCAUCAACUUCCUGCCGAUCCCGUCCAUCGCGGAACGAGACUUUAAGCUAGCGGCUCGAUCUGCUUCACCCCCGAGCCGUACCAUGUCGCGUUUGACGUCUCCUGACGAAAUCGAAGCCGUACUGUUCGACGCGGUGGGCACGUUGAUUCGGCCUGCACGAUCGAUUGCGGAGACGUAUGCUGAAAUUGGACGGCGGCACGACGUCGACCUGCCCGAAGACGAGAUCAACGCCCGAUUUCGUAGGGCGUUUACCCAGCAAGAGCAACUGGACACUUCGGCUGAUGGUGGGCAAACCAGCGAACCACGCGAGGUCGAGCGGUGGCGGACGAUCGUGCGCGAAGUGUUCGAGCAUCCAGGGAGUUUGGAGCCGCUAUUCGCCGAGCUGUGGGACUACUUCAGCGACCCGGCGGCGUGGACUGUAGAUGCAAGUGUGGCUGAAGUGGUGCGGCGAAUUCGUCAGUCUUGCCGCAAGGUGGGGGUGGCUUCGAACUUUGAUCAUCGCUUGCGGUCGAUCGCCAGUGCGGUGCCGGAGUUGCAGGACUGUCCGCUGUUCAUUUCCUCAGAAGUUGGUUGGCGGAAGCCUCGCGAGGAAUUCUAUCGCUCGAUCGAAGCAGAGCUGUCACUGCCGGCGUCGCGGCUGUUGAUGGUAGGCGACGACCUGGUGAACGACUACCAGGGUGCAACGCAGGCCGGCUGGCAGGCCAUCUUUCUACACCGUCGCGAUCGCGGGAAGGCCGCCACGGCGGUGGAUGGCGAAGCGACGGUUGAACCACGCGUGGAUACCCUUGAGCAAGCGCCCGUGGUGCCUGAGAAGGAUGUCGAUCUCGUGAAUUCGCCUUGUGGCGUGUCUGGGGUAAGCGACCGCGCAGCGAAGGCGGUUUUGAGUAUUCUGUUCAUCGCUUGCGCGAGUAGCGUGAGCGUUGCGCAGAUGCCCAAUCCUCAAGCUGCAUCGGCCACCCCGACCGCUCAAGAGAUGAUUAGCGACGUGCGGAUCGUGGGUAACGAAUCGAUUCCGGUGGCAAAGAUCAAACCGCACAUUCGCACCCGUCCCGACCGACCUUUCGAUAUCGAACUGGUCGAGCAGGACGUGCGCAAGCUGAACGAUACGCGGAUGUUCGUGCAUGUGCGUCCGUUGUACGACCGCACGCCCAACGGCGUGGUUGUCAUCUUUGAGGUAAGGGAACGCCCCACCGUUCAAUACAUUCGCUACGUGGGCAACGAUCGCAUUAAAGACAAAGGGUUGGGAAAGAAAGUCGAACUGAAGGUCGGCGACUCGCUCGAUCCGUUCUCCAUUGACGAGGCCCGACGGCGUCUCGAAGACUUCUAUCACGAGAAGGGCUUCCGCAAAGCUCGGGUCGAAGUGCAAGAAGGCGGACAGCUCACCGACAAAGGGGCCGUAUUCAAGAUUAAUGAAGGUCCCCGCCAACGCGUGCGUUGGGUCUCUUUUGAAGGGAACUACAUUGCUUCUGAUUCGCGGUUAAAGACGCAGAUUAAGUCGAAGCCGCCGAUCGCCUACAUCGUAAAAGGCUACUACGACGAAGAACAGAUUGCCAGCGAUGUCGACCGUUUGACCAAGUACUACCGCAGCCUGGGAUUCUUUCAGGCCAAGGUGGGUCGCGAGGUUGAGUUCAAUGAGAACGGGGAAUGGGCUAACGUGACUUUCGUGAUCGACGAAGGUCUGCGUUACAAAGUUCGCAACGUCUCGUUCAUUGGUAAUGAAGUACUCGGAGAAGAUUUCCUGCGGACCGACAUGGAGGUCGCCUCGGGAGAAUUCUUCGACCAGGCAUUGCUGAACAACGAUAUUGCCCGCAUCCAAGAUGAGUACGGCAUUCGUGGCUACAUCUAUGCCGACACCAAUGCCGACACCCGAUUCUUAGAAGAGCCAGGCACGCUGGACAUUGUGUAUGUGAUUGAAGAGGGUGAGCGGUUCCGCAUCGGCGAUGUGAAUGUUCACAUCGGGGGCGACAACCCGCAUACCCGCAUCACGACCAUCAUGAAUCGCCUUUCGGUGCGGCCCGGCGAUAUUGCCAGCACGCGAGAGUUGCAAGACAGCGAGCGGCGGAUCAAGGCGGCUCAGAUCUUCAACACGAACCCGCAACAGGGCGGGUUACCGAAAGUUUCCUUCGGCACGCCGAACUUCGAUGGCACGGAGACGGGGAUCGCGAACCGUUCGGCGCCUUCGCCACGCGGUCAAAGCCCCGACCCGCCGCAGAGCCAUGCUACGAAUCGCCCGGCACCCGAAGAGCAGCCGAAGCGGAUCAAUGCGGGCCAAUCGACCGAUUCAACCCGCGGCCCCGUGGUUCGCGGUCAGUCGCCCGGCACGGGUCGCUUGAUGCCCAGCCCGGCACCGUUGGUCCCCAACAUGUCGACCAACACAGGUACCUAUCCGCCGGCGGCGAACUACAACACCCCGCAGCAGCAAUACACAACGCAGCAACCUGCUGCUCCACAACAGCAAUACGUGCCACAGCAGCAGUAUCCGCAACAACAGUACGCGCAGCCGCAGUAUUCGGCUCCGCAAAACACAGGGCCUCCGAGUGCCCCGCCACCGGUGGUGACUUAUCCGCCGGCGAAUACUUCGGUGCAGACCGCUCCGCCGGCGAACGUCGCCCCGUGGAAUGCGGGUCAGCCGCCGGCGAAUCUUCCCCAGCAAGUGGGACCACCGCAGGGUGGCAACACCGGGUUUGGGGCACCUCCGCAGGUGACGUACCCGCCGGCGUAUCCAGGGCCCGGUGGUGGCGGGCUGCCGCCUCCUUACUUCCAACGUGAUGCUGCCCCGCAGGUGCAAACCUUGCCACGUGGUGGUGCGACGACCGAAGACGAGAUCUUUCCGCCCGGGGGAUACAACUACCUCGACCCCACGGUGGAUAUCGAUGCGUACGCCGAAGAGACUCAGACCGGCCGGUUGAUGUUCGGUGUGGGUAUCAACUCCGACGCGGGUCUGGUCGGUAACAUCGUGCUGGACGAGCAGAACUUCGACUUGUUCCGCCCGCCCACGAGUUGGGAAGACGUUCGCAACGGGUCGGCUUUCCGCGGUCGUGGCCAGCAGUUCCGUAUUGAAGCUGUGCCCGGUACCGAAUUGCAGCGGUACAUGUUCAACUUCCGCGAGCCUUACCUGUUUGACACGCAGGUGCAGUUCGGCGUGAGUGCUUACCUGUUCGAUCGCCGGUUCUUGAGCUGGGACGAACAACGCCUUGGCGGACGAUUGACCUUGGGUUACCAGUUCGCCCCCGAUCUCUCGGGUUCGGUAUUCGUACGGGGUGAGCGGGUGAAUAUCAGCGAUGUGGCAGUACCCACUCCGGCCGAAUUGGCCGCGGCUGAAGGUGACAGCGACCUGUUCGUCGGUGGUGUCACUCUGGCGCAUAACACUCGGGAUAACAACUUCCUGCCGACCGAAGGUCACUUGAUCGAACUGACGCUGGAACAAGCCUUCGGCACGUACGAGUUCCCGCGAGCCGGGGUCGAUGCCCGGCAACACUUCCUGGUUCGCCAACGUCCUGAUGGUUCCGGACGACACGUGCUCUCGUUCAGCGGUCGGCUUGGUUUCACGGGAAGUGACACGCCGAUUUACGAGAACUACUUUGCUGGUGGUUUCUCGACCAUCCGCGGUUUCGACUUCCGCGGUGCAUCGCCGAAUGAGUUGGGCGUGUAUGUCGGUGGUGAGUUCCUGAUGCUGGGUUCGGUCGAGUACCUGUUCCCGAUCACGGCCAACGACAUGCUUCGCGGUGUGGUCUUCUGCGACACCGGUACGGUCGAGGAGAGCAUCGAGCUAAACUCGGAGAACUACCGUGUGGCCCCGGGUUUUGGUCUGCGGAUUAGCGUUCCGGCGUUAGGUCCGGCACCCAUCGCAUUGGACUUGGCCUUCCCAGUCGCUCAUGCCGACACGGACGAUCUCCGCAACUUCAGCUUCUUCGUCGGCUUCGGACGAUAA